GUUUGGCUGGUCGGCAGACCUUGAUAUGGUUCGAAGGAAAGCCGGAGGAGCGAAAAGGACGCGUGCUGGAUGUUUGCGAGGAAAGUAAAGUGCCGGAUUUGUCCUGGGGUCAGCGUAUUUGGCCAGGAUGAUUGUGCGGUCAAAUGAAAGUACAGGGAAGCGGGAAUCCGAUCGAGGAUGACAAGGCGAGAAUAUGGAUUGUAUCCGCUCCAGGCUGCUUCGUCCAUAAGACCAUGAGGUUGCAAGACGGUCGAAGAAAGACGACGAAGUUUGGAAUUAAUGGGAGAAGGAAUCGCCAAUUUUUCGCUCGGGAUUAUUGAAUUGUGUGUGCGAGGCUCGUCAGGCCGCUGUCGACUGGCACACACUGUCGAUACCAAAAAGCGGAGAUCAUGGUGUUGAGGCCACACUCGGGGGUGAAGCUCACGCCGGGAUGCGUCUCGGCGACAGCACUCAUCUCGCUGUGGGUGAAGGUGGUCGGGAAGCAGGCCCCGGAGAACCUCAGGCGCAACACAGAGGCGGUGCGGACGUAUCCCCAUGAUCGAUCACAAGUCUCAUUCAGUGAUUAUGCCUCUGUGCAACUCACGCAUUUUGCGUGCAAGCAGUGUAGGGGACAAGGGGACCGGUGAGGAUGGAAGGGGCAAAACAACAGGAACAACUGGGCACAAAGACGCUGAGGAACGUCUCUAAG